UGAGAAGCAGAGGCUGGAGGGCCUUGUGAUCCAGGCCAGCGAGGAACAGGAGAUCAAGAAGAGGGACGAGAAGUUGGCAGUGCUCAAGGAGGACAACCAGAAGAAGAAGGAUCAUCUGGCCCAGCUGCAGCAGAGAGCCAGCUUCAUCAAUACAACCAAGGAGAAACUGGACAAGCUCAUAGCAAUGCUGCAAGAGAUCCAGCAGGAAAAGUCAAAGGAGAAGGACAUCCAGGCAGCCAUCCAGAAGAGGGUCUCCCAAGUCACCGAACUUCAGGAGGAGAUCAAGGACCAAGAACAGAGUAAUCUGCAAUUAACUCAGCAGCUCACAGCCUCAGAAACCAAGCUGCAACACAUCCACCAGGCGUGGGACCUCAAGCAGGACAGCCUCAACAAAGAGAUCAAGGAGCAGAAACAGGUUCUCGAGGACCUGGAGCGCAACCAGACGGAGCAGGACAUUGUGUGCAAGGAAGUGAGUGAUGACGUGGCUGACCUGGACGGGCAGAUCAGACAGUCCAUGGAGGAGAUCCGGAACACCAACAUCAUGAUAAAGAACAACUACAAGCUUAUCCUCGAUGCUAUGGAGGAAGGCAACGUUGAGCUGAUGUCUGCCCUCACUGAGGCCACCAAGUGUGUGGAGGAGUUUAGGUCUGCAGAGUGACUCCAGUCCUCAGGCGGGCCAAGGCUUCAGAGGAUACCAGGCUGAGGAUCAAUGGGGAUUCAGUUCUUACUUCCGGACUUUAUAUUUUCUAAGGCUUAUGGAUUUACGCCUUUAUAUUUCCUAAGGCUUACGGUUAUACUAUAGUGUUACGUAGUGUUGUCGGGAGCAUUUAUUGGUGCAGCAGUUACUUGCAUCCUGAGUGUUGCAGGGUGUGGCUGUUACUCUGCACUUGUGUACCCAGGCAGGUUUUUACACACCUUUUCAGGCACUUGUGUACCCAGGCAGGUUUUUACACACCUUUUCAGGCAAGGUAUUUUGCUUUCAUAUCUUCACCUUAGUUUCAGGAUGUCAUUUUCACCUUUUGUAGAUUUUUUGUAUAUUGCAAACAUUUAUUUUACUAAACUUCUACAAAUUUUGGUGAUUUUCCUUCCAUACUCUGUCUUUCACUACAGUGGUAAUAUAUGUAUAUCUCCAUAGUAAAACUCUAAUGCUAAUAA